AUGGAUAGAAUGUCAAUUCGAGAUAGAACUGCUGAAGACUAUGUAAAUGGAGUUGAAACUUUUUUAAAUUUUGCAAUCGAAAAUGCUCCUCCGGAUAGUGACGGCUUAAUCUCAUGUCCAUGCAAGAAGUGUGUUAACUUUAAGAAAAUGUCUCUUGCUGAUGUAAGAGGACAUUUAUUUUUUAAUGGGAUAAAUCCAAACUAUAAAGAAUGGAGUAGGCAUGGGGAAUACGUACCUAGUCAGACUCCACAUUCUCGUAAGAAUGUUCGAUAUUCAAAUGAGAAUGAAAUUGAUGAUUACCCUUUAGAAAUGGUGGAAGAUGCAUUUGAUAAUGAUUUUCUAGAACGUCCUGAUGAAUUUGCCAAAAUUUUAGAGGAUGCAGAGAAACCAAUCUAUCCUGGUUCCAAAUUCUCAAAACUUUCUACAUUAGUAAAGUUGUAUAAUAUGAAGGCACGACAUGGAUGGAGUGAUGUUGGUUUUUCUGAUUUGAUUGCUUUUUUCAAAGAAGUCAUGCCGGAAGAAAAUGAAAUUCCAAUAUCUUUGUACGAGGCAAAGAAAACCUUAUCAACAUUGGGAAUGGAGUAUGAAAAAAUACAUGCAUGUUCAAAUGAUUGUAUUUUAUAUUGUAAGGAAUUUGCUGAAGCAAGUAAUUGUCCGGUGUGUAAGCGUUCAAGAUGGAAAUUGAAAAACAAUUCUAAAGAGGUACGAAGUUGUAAGCGUUUGUUUAGAAACUAUAAUCACGCUAAAAACUUGAUUUGGCAUGAGGAAGGCAGGAUAAAAGAUGGUAAACUACGACAUGUGGCUGAUUCACCAGCAUGGAGAAUCGUUGAUGAUAAAUGGGAGAAAAUAAAAAAGGAUCCUAGAAACCUUCGGCUAGGCCUUUCUGCCGAUGGCAUAAACCCACAUAGUUCUCUUAGUAGUUCAUAUAGUUGUUGGCCAAUCGUUCUCGUUGUUUAUAAUCUUCCUCCAUUAUUGGUUAUGAAAAGAAGAUAUACAAUGCUCACUCUAUUGAUAUCAGGACCUAGACAACCUGGAAAUGAUAUAGACGUAUUCUUGGCUCCAUUAAUUGAUGAUUUAAAAAUAUUGUGGAAUGGAGUAGAAGGUUGUUAUGAUAGGUACAAGGACGAGUAUUUUACAUUAAGAGCGGUCCUAUUAUUUACUAUCAAUGACUAUCCGACUCUAUGUAAUUUGGCUGGAUGCACUGGCAAAGGCUAUAAAGGGUGUGUAGUAUGUGGUGACCAUACCUAUUCGAGAUGGUUGUACAAAUCUAAGAAAGCAUGUUAUAUGGGGCACAGACGAUAUCUCAAACUUAAUCAUCCUUAUCGCAAAUACAAAAAAUCUUUUGAUGGUCAAGAAGUGCUUGACUUGCCUCCUGAACCAUUGAGUGGAGAGCUCAUAUUUGAAAAAGUUCAAGACAUCAAUAUUCAAUUUGGAAAACCAGAUGGAGAAAAAAAGGAAAUCACUAAACACUACUACAAUCUGGACAUCAGUCAUCGGCCAUGA